AUACCGUAUUGAAUGUACCGUAGGAUUCAACAACAUGUAUUAAUAAGUGGAGAGCAGCGUGAGCUGCACCCAAACCAGAGGAGAUUUAUUGAUGAUUAACGGGAAACCUGGACUGCGGGCAACAUCACUGACGCACGAUCCACGUUCUCAAAGGCAAGGAAAAUCUGGGAUUACUCAUAACGAUUCGGCAACGGACGAGGAAUACCUCCCCUUCUGCGGUGUUUUUGACAGUUGUCGGUGUUCUUACGUCUGUUUAUCCGGCUGCAAGUAAUUGUACUCCAAUGGGGAAGCCGGCUAAGACGUUCACGGUGGUCCUCAACCGCGACCUGACCUGGGCCUACCACGAGAUCAUCACGGAAGCCCUGGCCGUACUGUGGAUCGGCUGCCAUCUGUCGGUGAAGUUUGGUACCCGUUUCUUCCCUGACUGGGAACUAACACGCAUUGAUCCCGACAACUACACGGGACUGGAUGGUCUGCUCUGGUUUCUGCUUCGUCAGAAUAUAACCGGCUGCGUCUGGGAUGAUCUGGUCUCCAACUGGAAGCCUUCCUCGUCCCAGGCGGUCACCAGCACAGUUGCCGGCUCACUACUGAGCGCAGCGCGAGCCAAUAUCGGCUACAUCGGCGCCGUCGCCACCGUCGUCAUCACCGUGCUGCUGGGCGUGUCCAUUGCCUGCUCCGCCUGGGUCAACCGUCACUGGAGAUUUCCCCGCUGGACACAGCAUCUUCCCUGCUGUCACCGCAUCACGGCCUUCUUGGGCUACAGUAUGACCAACGACCCAGAUGACAGCGACGGAUGGAACGCGGAUCCCGAUACGUCCAGAUGCCGCUUUGAAAUCUUGAAUGUCCUGUUCAUGGCCAGUAUGAGCGCGGUCCUAGGAAUCUGGGCGGUCUUUUGCGCGUUGCCGGCGGUUAUUGUAUCUGCACUGACCGUUGCGUGUAUUGGGCACUGCAUUGACGACGCCAUGUUCCCGGUGACUGCUGCCGGCUUCUGUCUGUUGGCACUGCACCGGAAGGAUCUGGGGAUUGUGGAUGGAAGAGACGUAUUUCAUGUGGGUGCACGAAAUCAUCAGGAAGGUAACGGGAGUCCGGCUCCUGCAGCCGUUCGCGGCUGGUCGACCGCUGGAAGUCGCCAUCAAAACGGAAUCACCGGCUGUUUGUCCGUCGUAUUACAUGCGCUGGUCAUGGCUGAACAAGUUCCACCUAUGGCACGCGAUUCCAGCGCUUCAGUGUUUAAUUUACUGCGGCCUGGAGAUGCUGUUUCGAGUGCCGGUAGUUUUCGAGUGGUACAAUUCCUUCUCAUUCCUACCAUCGUCCCGUGGACCAGGCGAAUCAAAAAGCUACUGGACCACCAUCAACUGCACCGAGUGUUGUGACAAUUUCGGAACGAUAUACACUAUCCCCGUUGGUCGACCCAUAACCCGGUUAUGUUGGCGCUGUUUAACACGGUCAUCUCGCCGGCGACGGAACGCUUCUAUACGGUGUGGAUCGAGGGCAUCGCGGCGUUGAUCGGGCUGCCGAUGACUGCCUUAUUGUUUGCCGAAGUGGCUUUCGCUGUUGGGUUUGGAUGCUACUGCCUGAUUGGCUGGCUUCUGAAAACACCGAAGUGGACGGAAUUCUCGCCAACAUUUAGGCGUUAGUUAGCACGUUUAUUUCUCAACAGGAAGCCGAAAACCGCUGGGAACGAUGUGGAAGGCAGCAAGGAGAAAACGACCGACCCGGAUAAAUCUCGCCAGGCCAACAAGAAGCCGUUCUGCGUGUGCGCUCUGUGGGCGGACCUUGAGGGUUGCUUACUGGUAUUAGUUUCCCGUGUGGUGUUCUGGAUGUUCCUGCCCUUUCCCGUGCUGGGACUCCUUGUCCCGGAGCAGUUCCAGUUGCCGGUGUUGCUGCUGUUGCUGAGUGUAGUCGAAGGCGGCCUCUAUUACUAUGCUUGGAAAUGUAUCGGCUGGAUGUGGCGCAGAAUGCGCGCGGUCAGCAGCGAUCGUGUUCUCCGUGAGAAUGCUGAAGGUAAAGAUGAGGCGCUGCUGUUGACGACAGAGGAAGACGAGGCGCUGCUUUCGACGACAGAGGAAGACAGGGCGCUGGGGACACCCUGCUAAAACGGCAUAUAAAAAUUAUCUUUUAAAAGAGAUUUAUUUGCCACAGACAGCCGCACCGCCAAUGUUUGCACAGAAUUUACGAUGAUAACCUGGCGAAAUAUUAUUUUUAAAGCGGUGUAUAACGUACAACUUUGUACAAAGCAUGUAUCGAUGGGCUUGGGUGCAUAGUAUUUUUGGUUCGCCCCGAAAGGAUCCAUCAAAAAAUAGCAGUAAAACUGUUUCAUCUGUGUUCCUAGAUAUUUUAAUUUACUACUGGCGAAAAUGAUUUUAGCUUGUGCUUGUUUUGAUUUCCGUAAAUA